CUGCACGAGCUGGUCCUGGAAUCGGCCCGUGAGAAGAGGGACAUGGAGCAGAGACACGCGGUCAUAAAACAGAAGGAUUUGACCCAAGACGAUGAUAUUCCUGAAAUCCAGGCUGAACCUGGCGCGGUGGUGACGGAAGGAUACCUGUACAAACGGGCCAGCAACGCCUUCAAGACCUGGAGCAGGCGCUGGUUCUCCAUCCAGAACAGCCAGUUGGUAUAUCAGAAGAAAGCCAAGGACGUGGUGACGGUGGUGGUGGAAGACCUCCGUCUGUGCACCGUCAAGCGAUGCCCGGAUCACGAGCGCCGCUUCUGUUUCGAGGUGGUCUCCCCCUCCAA